ACAUAUUGAGCCCAAACUCCGAGUCCCAAUGACCUCACAUCCUGUUUUUCUACUUCCUUAAUGGACCUGUUUGGGACGGUCCGGCGUCCGUGCAACGUGUGUUGGGACCGCGCAUUUGUGCAGACGCACGCCGUCGGAUCUGCCGCGACUGCAGAGGGCAUCCGAGCGACCCGCGAACGCAACGAUCCCAGCGUCCCACUACUAUGCUGCGUUUGAGGUGUUGACACGGCGCGGAGGAGGCCUCGUCCUUAGCAGUAACAGAAUGGGAACAAGUGAAGAGAUGAAGCUCAUUAACCGGGGCCUGGAAGAUGAGAUGGUUGUGUGGGGGUACAGGCCCUGCCUUUGGAAGAAGAUUCUGGUGGGUGUUGGUGUCGUUUGUUCCGGUGGUCUCCUGUUGCUGCUGCUCUACUGGUUACCUGAGUGGGGUGUUAAGAGCACAUGCACACAGACGUCGCUGAGGGAUGCACAGACGCUGCUGCUCAGGACUACGGAUGAGUUCAGGCAGUGGUUUCGAGCCAAAGUACAAGUGAUGUUGGCUCCUGGGUUGAGACCCUUCAGUGAUGUAGAUCAGAAGCUCAACACUCCAUUGCCAAAUGGAGACAGAGACCAUGGCGUCCAGUCUGUGCAUGAAGGGCCUCAUGGGAAGUUUCUUUAUAGUGAAGAUGUUCAGAUACGCUACUUCUCCCACCACAGUGCUACUUACUACUGGAAUGAUGUCACGCAGGACUUUGAAUCAUAUCAAGGCCUGGAGGAUGUGAAGGCUAGUUGUGCACACAUUCACUUAGAUCACAGCUCUGGGCUCUCUAAAACAUUGCAGGACUACAGGCGGUUGUUUUUUGGGGAGAACGAGAUCGCUGUGAGAGUGCCCUCUCUGUUCAAGCUUCUCAUUAAAGAGGUCUUGAACCCUUUUUACAUCUUCCAGCUCUUCAGUGUUGCUCUAUGGAGUGCAGAAAACUACUACUAUUACGCUUCAGCCAUAGUUUUUAUGUCUGUCAUUUCAAUAGCUACCUCAUUGUAUACUAUUAAAAAGCAAUAUGUGAUGUUACACGACAUGGUGGCAGCACACAGUGUGGUCCGUGUGUCAGUGUGCAGAGGAAAUAAAGGCAUGUUUCAUAUUGAACAAGCCAUGUCGACUGAGCUUGUUCCUGGUGAUGUCAUCAUUAUUCCAACCAAUGGGAUGAUAAUGCCCUGUGAUGCAGUGCUUUUUCAUGGAACGUGCGUUGUAAACGAGAGCAUGUUGACAGGAGAGAGCGUUCCAGUGACCAAAACCAGCCUGCCAAGUUCAGGAGAAGAGGCAUCAGAGAUCUACAGCACGGAGGACCACAAGCGGCACACCCUCUUCUGUGGCACCCAUGUCAUCCAGACCCGCUUCUACGCAGGUGAACUGGUGAAGGCCGUUGUGGUCAGAACAGGCUUUAGUACAGAGAAAGGCCAGCUCGUCCGCUCCAUCCUCUACCCUAAGCCAACAGACUUUAAGCUGUACCGUGACGCUUACCUGUUCCUGUUGUGUCUGGUUGGGGUGGCGGGCAUCGGCUUUAUCUACACCAUUGUCCUCAGCAUCAUUAGCAAGGUUCCAGCUAAGACCAUCAUAAUUGAAUCUCUGGACAUUGUCACCAUUACCAUUCCCCCGGCUUUACCGGCGGCCAUGACAGCCGGCAUCGUGUAUGCGCAGCGGCGUCUGAAGCGCAUUGGCAUCUUUUGUAUAAGUCCUCAGAGGAUCAACAUGUGCGGCCAACUUAACGUGGUUUGCUUUGACAAGACUGGUACUCUCACUGAGGAUGGAUUAGAUCUGUGGGGUGUUCAGAGAGCUGUAAAUGGCAGCUUUUCUCCUCCACAAUCUGAAGCCUCUGAAGUAAAUCUGGUGAACACGUCAUUUGUGGCCUGCAUGGCAACCUGCCAUUCACUGACCAAGAUAGAGGGAGAGCUCUCCGGAGACCCUUUAGACCUCAAGAUGUUUGCCGCCACGGGCUGGAUCUUAGAAGAGGCCACAGAGGAAGAGACGACGCUCCACAAUCGACUGAUGCCCACCGUUGUUCGACCUCCAAAGCGUUCUGUCUCAGGAGCCAAUCAGAACAAUUCGGCAGUGCAUGACAUGGAGCUUUCGGAGUCAUUGCCCUAUGAGAUUGGCAUUGUGCGUCAGUUCCCCUUCUCAUCGGCGCUGCAGAGGAUGAGUGUGGUAGUCAGGAGGUUGGGAGAAAAACACAUGGAUGCCUUCAUGAAAGGAGCUCCAGAGGUUGUGGCCAAUCUUUGCAAACCACACACAGUCCCACAGAGUUUCACUGGGAUUUUGGAGGGCUACACUGGGCAGGGCUUCAGGGUCAUUGCCCUGGCACACCGACAGCUGGAGUCCAAACUAUCGUGGCACAAAGUCCAGAGCCUUGGCAGGGAUGCAAUAGAGACCGACAUGGAGUUCCUUGGUUUGAUCAUCAUGCAGAACAAAAUCAAACAGCAGACUGCCGGUGUUUUAUGUGAACUGCGGCAAGCGAACAUCCGCACCUUGAUGGUCACAGGUGACAACAUGCUGACAGCUAUAUCGGUGGCUCGAGACUGCGGGAUGGUUCGCCCACAGGAGAGGGUGAUCAUAGUAGACGCUGCGCCUCCCAAAGAUUUCUACCCUGCCAGUAUCACGUGGCAUUACACCGACAACCCUACUCAGACUGUUGGGGACAGUCAGAGUACAGAGAUAAACCUGGAGGAGGGGACCUACCACUUUGCUGUGAGCGGCAAGGCCUUUUCUAUUAUCAACGAGCAUUUUCCUCACAUGGUCCCGAAGGUCGUGCUGAGAGCCACAGUGUUUGCCCGCAUGGCCCCAGACCAGAAGACCCAGCUUGUGGAAAUCCUGCAGAGCAUGGAUUACAUUGUUGGCAUGUGUGGUGAUGGUGCCAAUGAUUGUGGAGCCUUGAAGAGAGCUCACAGUGGGAUUUCUCUUUCUGAGCUGGAGGCUUCCGUUGCUUCACCUUUCACCUCCUCCACCUCAAACAUUUCCUGCGUCCCGAAUCUGAUCAGGGAGGGACGAGCGGCUCUCAUAACAUCAUUCUGUGUCUUUAAGUUCAUGGCUCUCUACAGUAUCAUCCAGUACAUCAGUGUCAUCCUGCUUUACUGGAUUCUCAGCAAUUUGGGAGACUUCCAGUUUCUCUUCAUUGACAUCGUCAUCAUUCUUAUCAUUGCCUUUACAAUGAGUCUUAACCCAUCGUGGAAGGAACUGGUGUGGCGUCGCCCGCCAUCCAGUCUGAUCUCUGGCCCACUCCUCUUCUCAGUUCUGACCCAGAUCCUCACCUGCCUAGUCUUCCAGGUUCUGGCUUUCCUCUUGGUGCAAAAGCAGAGCUGGUACGAGACUUGGACGCCUCAGUCAGAUGCCUGUAAUGUCUCUAGAUUCAGCCUCUUUGAGAUACUCAAUGAAACAACCCCUCACGACCACAAGAACAUCAGGAACUAUGAGAACACCACCCUCUUCUAUGUCUCCUCCUUUCAGUAUUUGGCUGUGGCCAUUGUUUUCUCCAAGGGAAAGCCUUUCAGACAGCCAAGUUACAAGAACUGGCCAUUCAUGCUGUCGUGCAUUGGUCUCUAUUCCUUUCUCCUCUUCAUCAUGCUGUAUCCUGUCCCUGCCAUCGACAGCUUCUUAGAGAUCGUGUGUGUUCCCCAUGAUUGGCGCGUUACUCUGGUUGUCAUUGUCAUGGCCAACGCGGCGGUGUCUCUCAUGUUGGAGAUUUUCCUCCUUGACAUCGUCUUGUGGAAGCUUGUUUUCAGAGGCAAUCAAGGGGCAAAUCACCCCAGAGAUCCUUCCUCUACUGAGACGCCACAGAGCGCCAACAACCGCUGGGGCUCGUGUUGCCUCUCCCGAUUGUUCUGCCAGAGGAACAAGCCCCCAAAAGUUCUGUACAGGCACCUCGCCUUGGAGCUACAGGAAGACCCCGACUGGCCGCCCAAACACUGCACCACCACCGUUGCCAGAGAUCCUCUGUCCUGUGGCUCUGCUGCCCUCUAAAGCGAGCAUGCACCAACAAUGCAGCUGAGACGAAACUUGUAGCUUUGCUCAGUUUAGAGAAGAUGAGUUCAGCUUGGGGCCAUUGGGUUCCGGCGAAAAAAAACAAAAAACACACAAAGAGAGUCCCUGAUUGUCUAUUGACUGACACUGAACUGAUCCUACUUAACAGUAAAGUACUGUAAAAGUACACCUUCCGUCAGUUCUAAAGCUUCACAGUAAGAAAAUCAUCUGUUCCUUAUUUGGCUUUAGAUUUAGCCAAUUUGGCUUUAGAUUUUUAUGAUGAGCAACAGCACACAACAUAUUAGGCAAAAUGGCAAAAUGCAGAGUGAGUGUGUGAAAAACGUCCUCAACCCUGUGAUCAAACCACCUAUAGAGCCACUCUCAGUAGCAAAUAGUACUGUACAUGUUUUCCAUAUGACAAUAUUGUUGUCUUUUGUGAAACCUCCACCCACUUUUCCUAACAGUAUUGCUUCAGGUUGUCGGGGUUUAUUUGACAUUUAAUUAUGCUAAGCUGUGUUUAGGUCCCACCGUUUCAAUCAGACUGAGGUCUGGACUUUAACCGGACCAUAUCGACGCUUUGAUUGUUUUAUUUUUCAAACAUUCUGUUGCAGAUUUGCAUCUGUGUUUGCUAUUGAUGUACCAAUUUCAGCCUCGUUUUAGCUGUGGCCUAGAUAGCAUCACAUUUGACUCUAUAAUACAAAGGAGUAGACUUAAGCACUGUCCAACGCCGUUCUGAAUAGUGCCGAUGGUCUGUGUUUGGUUUUCUUCACAACUAUUGCUCUGCUUUACAUCCUCAACUUUCCCUCCUUUGGUCUCAUAUUUCAAACCUGGGCUGUGGUGCCAUGUUUCCUAUCAAGAGAAGAGGCUUUCUCCUGCAACCCUUCAAAACAAGUCGUACUUGUUCAGUCUCUUUCUAAUCACGCUGUCAUGAGCUUUAACAUUUACCAUACUAACGGAGGCCUGUGGAGGCCACGUAGCGGGUUUUUUUUUUCUUUUCUAGUUCGUCUCUAAAUCUAAACUUUGGGAAAGCUUCCCUGGACGUCUACUCCUGGGAAGAUUGACAGCUGGCAUGAAAGUUUUCCACUUGUGGAAAUUCUUUCUUUCCGGAUAUGGUCUUAUAACUCCUCUAAAAUGAACAAACAGCAACAAUUGCUUCUUUAAAAAAGAAAAUCUAGGAUCUUUAAGUUAUAAUGCAUACAUCUAGUGCAUUUUGGCAGCAGUACCUGGCAGCAGCUCAGACAGAUUCCCCCCCGCUGGAUAUCAAUGUAUGCAUCUUUUGUUUGUGAUUGCCCCAUGUGGCAAGUAACGUCGUAUAAUGUAAGGCGUGCUAUUUGAACAUAUGGGAAUGGCUCAAUGUGGCAUUUAUAGGAUGUACUUUGAGUGGUUGGCUAGACCAGAGAAGCGCAAUAUAAGUUCAGUCUGCUUAAGUCCUAUGAGAGCAAUAGGGAUGUUUUUCACACGCUGCCUCUUCAUCUUUGUUAUGCAAAUAAUGACAUGGAUAAUGUAUUGUAUUUUUCUAUUGGUUUUGGUUAACAAAUUGUAGAAUCUUGUGAAAAACUGAUAUCUUUUUAAACACAAAACCUUAGAAUUGAACACAUCAGUCCUUCAUUUUCCCUUCAGAAACAAUGCAACUCUCAAGAAAGUAAACACGUACGCCUGCGUUCCACAAGGAGAUGGAAUCUCUUUUUAACUGUUGUGCAGACAGUGUGUAUUUAAAGGAAUGUUUCCUUCUGAUCCUGUAUGUCUGAAGACAUGAGCUGCCUUUUUUCAUAGUCUCACACUGAAGAAAAUCGCAGAUCAGUCAAACAGCUGUUUUGUCAUUUAAUGAAAGUUUUGCUGCUCUAAUACAAAAGUCGGCGAACCGCUGUUGUUCAAAUGAAUUGCACACAACAGACUCACACCUGUUGGGUGCAUUAACAUUUCCGGUACAGUUGCAUUUUGGAGACAGGCGGUUUUGCAUUUGCUGCAUUUCCUUUAGAAAUUCUUCCUGUGGAAGAGAGUGGCAGAAAUGGCUGAGUCCCUUUCUAAGAACAUGUAGGAAAAUCCCUUCGAAUGCCUGUGCCACUAUCUGUGUGUGUUUGUGGAAUAUGAAAGUAAAUAAGGACCACGAACAGUUAAACAGUUUAAUUUCCCCUCGUCUUUUAAAACCUUUGUGCAGUUGUGAUGGUCUUUUGGGAACCUUGUGUAAAAGUUGGCAUUAUUGAUUACACAAAUUAAUACAACAAAAAGUUCAUCGAAGUGAUGAGUUUAAUCUAAUAAAGACGUUUUUAUACAAGAUUUUCCUGUAUCUUAGUUUCAUUUGUCUUACCCAUAUUUUUCUAGGCCGUUUUCACUCAAUUAAAUCAAUGUAUAAAAUGUGUCAUUAAUUCUGUUGAAAUAAAGCAGAGUCUUAGUGGAAAACGU